UGCUUUCUAGAAUAGACCAGAAGGACAUGAUGUCGGUACGGAGCGCUGUGUUCUCUUCAGGCCCUCGUACCUUUGUGGCCCGGUUCUAGCUGUUGCUGUUCUUGGAAAUGGAAAUGAGACUAGAAAGAACUCUACACCCUGGACCUUCAGGAGCGGGAAUCUGGAGGCAGAGGCGACCGGGAUGGGGGCACUUUCUUAGGGCCCAGGCAUGGCGGGUGGGAAGCUGAGCACGGCCCCAUCCCUGUUUGUGCCCUUUCCCUGCCUCUUCCUCUUCCUCUCCUCUCCUCUCCUAUCCCUUCUCCCCCUUAUGUCGGCGGACCCAGCCCUGGCGCCGGCUACUCCCAUGGACAGGAAGAAGAAGCCCCCCGAGAUCCCAGGAGUCCGGACCCACCAGACCAAUGAGAACUUCCUUUUGGAAAUGUCUCGGCGCAGCCCGUGAGCAGCUUCUUGGCUUGUCCCUUAGCCGUGUCUAUGCUGGGUUGGGAGAGUAGACUUGAAUCCAAACAGUCAACUCCACAGUUGGACAUUUCUAUGGAAGAAUUAUUCCAGGAAAGAUUUUGGUCCCUGGGCUUCCCAUUUGGGAGAAACCUUGGCAUCUGGAACUAGGGUAAAGAGAGAGAGAGACAGCAGAACCCAGAGAAAAAGCUUUCAGCCUGGAAUGAAUGUGAGAAAGCCUUCCACCUGAGCAUGACUCUUACUAGGCAUCAGAGAACUGAUUCUGGAGAGAACCUGUCUGUAGUGAGAAUAAGUGUAUUGCCUUGACAUAACCGACUCCAUUUUGUGUUAGGCCACCAUCUGUGGUGGUGCAUUUGCACACUUGUUUUUCAGCAUUAAGAUAAAUGCUUGUAUAGUCUGGAUAGUUUGGUGAACAACAUGUGGAUGUUCAAAAAGGACUGAUAAACAUGUGGGAUCUUCGACGUGGACUGACCUCCGGUGGAGUAGUUUGGGAACAACCACGUCAUUAGCUUGGGUCCUAAAUGAGGUCAUUGAACACUGGGCACCUUGGGUGUAAUCAGCGAGCAAUCGUAGCUAGAACUAGGAAGACCGCCAGGAAUCCUCAGCAUUCAGCCUGCUCCUGGCCUGUGAAUAAGAACUGGUUCCUGCUCUUGUGUUGCUGACCUCCCCGCAGCAUUUGGAGCAUCCCCUAUUCACUUAAGGGGAGGCUGUUCAGUGGAGACUGGCUAGGUGGCCAUCUCAGAGGAAGACUCUUUACCUCAAGUGGAGCUGAGAGGGUCCUUCCUCAGACUGAACCUUAGGAAGGCCCAAGGAAACAGGCUGGUGGCUUGUUCCUAGAGGACAGGAUGUUUUCAUUGUUUGAACUGUCCAUUAAUAAAGGCUUGAUUGCUAACCCUGAGAAGUAGAAGUUGAAUUACUAUUUCUGUUGCACUGGUUAGCAUAUGGAUUGGACUUUGCGGUCCUCUGUGUACAGUCAAUAAAUAUGAAGUGAUGUUUUGCCAGAAAUCUGUCCCAUCUGCGAUUAAGCAAUUGAGGCAGAGCUCUGAGCCAUUUAUUAAAGGGAACUGGUCCCCUCCAACAACAAAGAAAACCCCGGACCUUCCUCAGGGUCUGAGACCCCCCCCUUCUCCAGAGUCCAGCUUUUAUUCCUUUUGGUGCCCAGCCCCAUCCUUGCAUGCCUUCCAUCACAGUUCAGGCGCCAGCACAUUAUCACAUUGAUGGAUGCCAAAGCCUUGGUACGCCUCCUGUUCACAUUGCUAGCAAACAAUGAGGUGGACAUACAGCAACCAGCCCAUCUAUAUCCCAUCCUCAAGCCAUCCACUCUUCGCAGCAUGUCCUGGACAUCCUACACUGGUACUAUUCGGUAUUAGGUGGAGCCUCUUGUGCGGGCCUUCCUGGCAUGAAUCGUGAGAAGGAAGUGAUACACGGUGGAGGAGCUCUUAACAUAACAUGGAGCUUGGGACAUCUGAGUGGAGGCCCCUCCAAACUAUGCUGACAAGGUAAAGUUGACAAAAGUUAGUGAGCGGAAAGACUUCUUUUUAGAGCAUAUUUGACUGACUUAACUAGUUGCUUUUGAUGAUUGUUAAUAAUCACUAUCUUUAUGGAAUCACACCAACUGAAAAAAUACUAAUCAUAGGGAUAAAAUGACCGAUUUAAGAUGGGCAAGGGUUUGCUCAAAUAGGGUAGGGGUCAGAUUAUUCUCACAGCACCCACUAUAUGCCAGGCACUGGGGAUAAGAAGGGAGACAAGAUAAGUUCCUGUCCUCAAGGAGCUUACAGUCCAAUAAGGGAGACAACAUGCAAACAAAUAUUUACAAAACAAGCUAUGUACAGGAUAAAUGGGGAAUAAUUCAGAGAGGGAAGGCACUGGAAUUAAAAAGCAUUUGGAAAGACUUCCUGUAGAAGAUAGGAUUUUAGUUGGGAUUUAAGAAACCCAGGGAGGUCAGUACUCCAAGUGGACGAGGGAGAGCCUUCCAGGGAUGGGGCAUAGCCAGAGAAAAUGCCGGAGUUGGGAGAUUUAGUGUUGGUGGGAUAGCUAGGAGGUUAGUGUCGCUGGAUUGAUGGAGUAUGUUUUAAAGUACAACAUAAGAAGGCUGGAGAGGUAGGAGGAGACGGUGUUAUAAAGGGCUUUCGAUGCCAAACAGCAUUUUGUAUUUUCUCUGAGAGACAACAUGGUGUUCUUGGAGUUUACUGAGUACAGUUUGACAUGGUUGGACCUGCACUUAUGAAUGUACUGAGGAAAAUUAAUGUUGAAUUGUAAUAAUUUCCAUAUGAAAUCUUUCCUAAACCUCAUGUUUGGAAGGUCAGCCAGCUCCCUAGCUAACGUAACUUACUCCCAGGCCUCGAAGCAUUUCAUCGGACUGGCUUUGAUUAGAGGCAGGGUGGAGAUGUGCUCCUCAUUUAUCUGCAAACAAGAAUUCUCUUAUGUAAGGGAAGCUGGCAAGCUCUAGUUCCUGGGGAACGCUUGUGCUGAUGUCUUUCUGGUGAGAUCUGCCCUUCUGUGCUGAAGUAACGAAGGAGGAAGUUGAGGUCCCCAAGUCCACCUCCUGGCUUGAAAUGUCCCCCAGUGGGUGUUGGCAGGAGGAGACGUUCUAAGUUUGAGCUAUCAGGCUGAUCAGAAAGGACUCACUCGGCUUCCCUUAGAAGCAAAAGACAGGACUUGCCCCUUUGGUGAAAGAGUCAUUCCUUCAACAUUAAGAAGCAUCUGUUAUUAAACAUUGUUAUGCCUGGGAAAAUGGCUACAUGUUCUUCACCGGGUAAGAACCACAGAGCUGCAGUACAUGUGUAGAUAGGUACCUCACGAAUGUACUGAAGGGGAGAAGACCACGAGGGAAUAUCUCAGCAUCAGACUAUAGUGGAGUAAAAUCUUAUGAAUGUCAUUAAAUGUGGGAAGACCUUACUCGUCAUUAUUUCUCUUACUUGACUUUACUGGUGGUCAGGGAGUACUAGCACCUUUGGUGUCUACCUGUCACCCAACUCUCUGUGGCUCCAAGAAGCUGAAGCAUGGCCAUUGGCCACACCUUGGUAAAACUGUCUUAGCAGACAGGCAAAAACAAGUCGAGGGUAACUGAUAGCCUCCAGACUCCUCAGUGAGUUGGAGGAGUGUUUACUCCAAGCACGAAAAGUUCCCCACAGAUGGGGCAAAUGAAAAGAAUUUACUCCAACAGCCAUUAAAGUGGUUGAAACAGGCACCAUUAAGAGCUCAGUCAGACAUCUAAGAUGCCAAGGUCAUUCACUGCACUCCAGUCCAUCACCAGUGCCUUCCUUUUGUCCUGCCAUUGGACUUGGAAUUCUCUGGAAGAGAGAAUGAGGCUGAAGACUUCCUACAACUCUGCCUCACUUAAAUCCAGUUCAUGAAAAGUCAAGACAUCAUCCUAUCUUGUCAUGAAUCCUCUUCAGAAAUGAAAGAGAUGAACUAUUGGACAUCAGAGAAUUUAUCCUAGAAUGAAUCUUCUCACUGUGAUAAAUGUGGGAAGACUUUCUGCCAGAUGAAACAUCUUAAUCGGGAAGAUCACUCUUGAGUGUAGGAAUGCUUCCUCCAUGAGUAUAGACUCUGGCAUCACAGAGUUCCUCCUAGAAAGAAACCACAUCUUUGGGGAAGACCUUCAGCUGAUAGGGGACGGUACUUAUGGAAGUGAACUGAACAAGGAGGGUGCCUGGGUACAAGCCCUUCCUCUGGGUCCCAGGGUCACUGGAAGCCCAAGAGUUGAGGACUCUGUGGAGACCCGGGAAGAGAAGGCUGGAGACUGGCUGGGGAGCAACCUUGUCUCUGAUUGGGUCACAGACCUAGCCCCGCCCCCGAGCUCUGGCCAAUGGAUACAAACUGUGAACUAGCGAGCAGAAGCCCGAGCGGGUUGUGCGCAUGCUCCACAGAGCUGCCCCAAGCUCCUUCGCCCACAAGCUUCUUGGCGCAUUUUGGUCGAAGCGGAUUUCUAUCUCUUAACAGAGCUUUCGCCCAAGUCAUUCCCGGCGCCCAAAGUAGACUUCUCCGAAGGCCGAGCUACCUGGGAGGGGACCGGACUCAAUCUCCCACGUGGCUCCCUUCCUGUCGCUUCUCCCGAGUGCAGGAAUUUGGAGUUCCUGAACUUCCCACCUGCUUCUGCUCCACGAGCCUCAGAGAGGGUCACCCCGUGGGAGGCGACCCCUGAAGACACUGCCUGAGCUGUGAAAGCAUCCUUGGCGCUCCCCAGGAGCUAGUGGGAACUCGGAGGAGGCAGAAAUGGCUUCAGGACUCCCGCCAGCCCGACUGCGGCAGGAACUGUUAACAUUCCGGGACGUGGCUGUGGAUUUCACCCGGGAGGAGUGGAGAUACCUGCACCCUUCUCAGAAGGAUCUGUACAGGGAUGUGAUGCUGGAGAACUAUAGGAAUCUGGUCUGCCUAGGACUUGCAGUUGCCAAACCAGAUAUGAUCUACCGCUUGGAACGUGGAGAAAAACCUUGGUUGCAAGAGGAUGCUGUCCCAAGAAGCACUUGUCCAAGUUGGAAGGACAGGCUUGAAAGUGGACAGUCGGUUCCAAAGCUGGACAUUUCUCUGGAUGAAUUAGGUCAGGAGAUCCUCGUAAGGAAUGGUUCCUGUGCCUCCAAGUUGAGACAAAUCAGGAAGUGUGAUGUCCAGUUAGAGAGGCAACGGAGCAAUAAGGAAAAAUCUCAUGAAUGUAAUGGAUGUGACAAGGCCGUUAGCCAAGGGACACAUCUUACUCGGCACAGGAAAAUUCGUACUGGAGAGAAACCUUAUGAAUGUAGUGAAUGUGGGAAGGCCUUCAAUCAGAAGAGAGACCUUGCCCAACAUCAACGUAUUCAUACCGGAGAUAAACCUUAUACAUGCAAUCAGUGUGGCAAGGCAUUCCGCCAUAGGACAGUUCUAAUUGGGCAUCAGAGAGUUCACAAUGGAGAAAAGCCUUAUGAAUGUAGUGAAUGUGGGAAGGCCUUCACUUGGAGAGCAUAUCUUACCCGACAUCAGAGAGUUCAUACUGGAGAGAAACCCUUUAAAUGUAAUGAAUGUGGGAAGGCCUUCGUUCAGAAAAAAGGACUUACUCGACAUCAAAGGAUUCAUACAGGAGAGAAACCUUAUGAAUGUAAGGAGUGUGGGAAGGCUUUCUGCCGGAGCACAGACUUCACUCAACAUCAACGAGUUCAUACUGGAGAGAAGCCUUUUGAAUGUAAGGAGUGUGGGAAGGCCUUUAACAGGAGCACACACCUUACUCAGCAUCAGCGAAUUCACACUGGAGACAAACCUCACCAAUGCACACAGUGUGGAAAAGCUUUCUUUCACGUAAAGGAACUUGAUCGACACCAGAGAAUUCACACCGGAGAGAAACCUUAUGAAUGCACUGAAUGCGGUAAGGCCUUUUUUGAGAAAAAAGAACUUACCCGGCAUCAGCAGAUUCAUAAUGGAGAAAAACCUUAUUUGUGUGUAGAAUGUGGCAAGUCCUUCCUCAGAAAGGCACAUCUUCUUGUACACCAGAGAGUUCAUACUGCAGAGAAACCUUAUGAAUGUAACAAAUGUGGAAAAGCCUUUUUUCAGAGCUCAGAUCUUAAUCUCCACCAGAGAGUUCACACAGGAGAGAAACCUUAUGAAUGUAAUGAGUGUGGGAAGACUUUCUUCCUGAACACAGCUCUUAAUCUCCAUCGGAGACUUCACACAGGAGAAAAACCUUAUGAAUGUAAUGAAUGUGGGAAAUCCUUCAUUAGGAGGACAUACCUUACUAGACAUCAGAGAGCUCAUAAUGGAGAGAAGCCUUACGAAUGUAAUAAAUGUGAAAAGUCAUUUACCCGGAGGACAAACCUCAUUAAACACCAGAAAGUUCACACUUGAGAGCUUGAUGAACAACAAUGGAUAUUUCACCUUCUCUUAGGAAUAUGGUUUUUAUUACAUUAGAAUGUUCAUAUUGGAGAGAAAUCUUUUGACUGUAUGAUGAAUGUGACAGUUUGACAUCAGUCAAUACUGGAGAGGAAUCUUUAAAGUCUUCUGAAGAUCAUGAAUAUCAGAAGGAUUUUAGAUGUUGCACACACUUAGCUAAAAUUAAUUCAAAUAAAUUUAGUUCAAAUAAAAAAUAGAAUUCAAAGUAAAA